AUGAUACCCAGUGGUUAUAAUAUUACCAAGCUGGAAAACGUUAGUGAAGAUUCGUUGCAUAGAUCAUCAUCACCAUUUAGUGUCACAUCUCAUUAUUCAAAUACACCACUGAGGCAUCUAGAACCAAAUGAAUUCAACAAUCAGUCAAAUGCUCAAGACAGAACAAUCAGUAAUGACAAACAUUCAAGAGAGAGCCUGUCUAAUCUGGGGUUAAAUAUUGUGGGUACAGGUUUAAAAAGAAAGACCAGUAAAGCCACCGUUAGUGUCAAAUUAGAACCAAGUCUAAGCUCACUGGAAACCAGCGGCUCCAUAGGGACAACUUCUUCAACUCAAAUAGAUUAUGAAUUUUUAAACUACGAUCAGAAUGAACCACCCUCUGAUGAUAUUGUUGAAUCACUUUUUGAUAAGUUUUUAUACAGAAGAGCUUUUACAAUAGAAGCAAAGGCCAAUUUAAGAAAAAUACCCAAUUCAAGAAAAUGGAUACUUAUUUGUCAAGAUAAAUCGCUGGUAGAUAGAAACACAUCAGAUCUAAAGUCCAGAAGUAUUCCAGCCUCAUGGUUUGUAUCAACUCUUCGAACAUUAUCAACUAAAGAUCUACAUAAACUUGAAAAAGGUUUAAGAAGUAAGGAUUUCGUGGAGGAAUUUAUAGAAUUAGAAGGAUAUUUUGAGCUACUUCAGAUAGCUAAUCCAUCAUCAACAAAUAUGGAUGAAGAAAGAACGUUUUUAAUAGUAUCCUGUUAUAAGAAUAUAGUUAAUGAUAAGAAAGGAACUGAUGUUAUUGUUCAAACACCAGCUAUAAUAGAAUUUUUUGUGAAGACUAUGCUUAAGUCCACAAAGACUAUGAAUAAGAAAAUAUCCACUGAUAUCUUGAUACUGUUAAGUUUUUGGAGUCCACCCUUAGGUAGAAACAACUUACUGAAGGUUUUCAAUAGAGUUUCCAAGCUGAAUUUGUUCGAGACAUGGAUAAAUAUGAUUACAAAGCUAGCAGAUGAAGACGAGCAUUUAUUCACUAAUAAUAUUCUACAGGAGUUUUUUCUUAGCUCUUUGUUUUUGAUAAUCUCAAUUUGUGAUGGAGCUGAAUCUAUAAAUGAUAAGAAGAUAAUUCAUGCAAAGUUCAAAGAAGCUGGUAUUUACCCCCUUUUCCAUAAGCUCAAAACACUGAUGAAUGAACAUAUUGAUGUACAAAUUGAACGAUAUAAGUCCAUGGAAAAAUCUGCUUUUGAAGAUGAAGUAUUGAAGGAGCUGAAUUUAUCAGAUUCCAAAGCUGAUGUUUUAAUCAAAUCAAUUAUCAGCAAAGCAGGUAUUAAUUCAGAGUUACAAGAUUUGAAUAACGAAUUCUUGGAUUUAAUGAUAACCAUGUAUGAAUCCAAUUCUACUUCUGCUGCUUCUAAAACUUUAAAACUUUUAAAUCAAAUUAUGAAAAAUAUACUUCUUGCUGGAUCAUCUAUCAAUUAUGAAAACUCGGACAGUGUGUUAAACAUGGCCAUUCAGAAGUUAAUGGAUCAACUGACAAAUGAUGAUAUAACUAGAAGAGCAAUGUCAGAGGUAAAACAAUAUGAACAGAAGACUGAGGAUUUACAAAAUGAGAUCAAAUUGUUGAAAGAAAGUUUGAAUUUAUCAAGUGGUGAUAUUUUGAAACAAAAUGAUCUUUUGCAAGCCAAAUCUGAACUGAAAGACAAAGAGAUAGACUCAUUAAAAGCUGAAGUCGAAGAGCUUAGAGCUGCUAGAAAGAACGAAAAGCAAAAAUGGGAAACACAAAAUGCAACCAUCUCUUUUAAUAGUGCACCGGUUCAGAAAGUAUCUCACUCACACAACGCGGCAUCUGAAUCCCUACUGAGAACCUUAUCAAGAAGAAAUAAGGGCUCUCCAAUAUUACAAGGGAAUAUUUUCAGUGCUUCCUCACAGUCAAGAGAUUCAUCACUCUCAAGAGGCUCAUCACUUUCAAGAAAUUCAUCGUUAUCAAAGUCAAAAUCUACUAUGUCACUUUUUGCUUUGAAGAAUUCCAGCCCAGAAAAUGAAAAUAAAUCAUCAACAUCAACAGGGAGUUAUGAUUCAAGUCAAGCUAUAGGUGGAAAACCAAUGUCUUACGCUGGGUCCAACCUAUCAGGAUCGAAGAUUAUCGGGUCAAGUCCUAUUGGCUCGACUGGUGAAAUUAAUGAUGCUGGAUCAUCAUUGGAAAGCUUAAUAGAUCCAAGACCUUUCCCAAAUAGAACAACUUCAACUGGAAUUGACUCAGAUAAUGAAAACUCCAACCAUGUUCCAGAAUUAUCCAGGAUAUUAACAAGUUCAGUUCCUGCUGCACCAGAAUUACCAGAGUUUCUUCAAUUUCAAUCAAAUAAGCCACCAUCUUCUACAUCGUCAAAUGUUUCAACUGGACCAAGCACAGGGAGCUCUACAAAUGGGUCAGGACAAUCCACAAUCACUAAUGGUGUUUCACAAGUAAAAGCACCUCCAGCACCUCCAGCACCACCAUUACCAGAUAUGUUUAAUGAAAGACUUUUGAAAUCAGCACCAGCCGCUUUGGAAAAAAUUGCAACUGUUAGUGUACCACCUCCACCUCCACCACCAAUUCCAGAAUUUUUAACUGAAAAGAAAACAGUAUCAGCACCAUCAGCACUGGGUCCACCACCACCGCCACCACCUCCUCCACCGUUACCAACAGAAUUGAUUAAAAAAGCCAUUGAUAAACCAGAAGACGAGAAAUCUAGUGAUUCAUCAGGACCACCACCACCGCCUCCACUGCCAACAUUAUUGACAAAAGCUUCAGAAAAGUCUACGGAAAGCUCAAAUUUCAAAAAACUGGAAUCAAUUCUGACACAAAACAAGAUCAAUGAGAUAUCCAAGUCUCUUCAUAGACCAACAAAAAAAUUGAAGCAAUUGCACUGGGAGAAAGUAGAUCAAGUUGACAAUACAUUAUGGAGUGAACCAUCCCAUUCAAGAUCCGAAGAAUUACAAGAACUUGGUAUUUUUAAAGAAGUUGAAAAUUUAUUCACAAUGAAAGAAACCAAGAGGGUCUCACCAACUAGUGUUGUGUCCAAAAGUGACAAAAAAAGCUUCAUCGCCAGAGACCUUUCUCAACAAUUCGGAAUCAAUUUACACAUGUUUUCAAGUAUUCCUGAAGAUCAAUUGAUUUUAAAGGUUUUGAAGUGUGAUCUAGAUAUAAUGAACAACAUUAGUGUUUUGGAAUUUUUCAAUAAGAGUGAACUAAGUGAAUUCUCUGUCACAUUAACCAAAGAUUUCAAACCAUAUGCAACUGACAUAUUAAACGGAUCAAAACCUCAGCUAGAUCCAAGUGGACUAGAAAGAGCAGAUAGAUUAUUCUUGGAGCUUUGUUUUAACUUGAGACAUUAUUGGAGAUCUAGGUCAAGAGCCUUACUUAUGAUAAAAUCUUAUGAAAAGGAUUAUUACGAUUUGAGCAGAAAGAUCCAAAUUCUAGAUGAUUCUAUCAAGUCGAUCAAAAACUCUAAGAAUUUGAAGAAUUUGUUCAUUUUGAUCAGAGAGAUUGGUAAUUUCAUGAAUAAAAAACAAGUUGAAGGCUUCAAAUUGACAUCAUUGCAAAAAUUGAACUUCAUCAAGGAUCAGAAUCAAAAUACAUUUUUACAAUAUCUUGAAAAAGUUAUUAGACGUGCAUAUCCUGAGUAUUUGAAUUUCAUGGAUGAAUUAUCCACAUUACAAAGUUCAGCUAAAUUGUCUGUUGAACAAUUAUCUUUGGAUAUUGAAUCUUAUGUUAAAACUAUCAAAAAUGUUGAGAGUUCAAUGGAGAAUGGUAAUUUGAGUGAUCCAAAGAAAUUACACCCAGUUGAUAGAGUUCUGACAAAAGUAUUACCAAGGUUACCUGAAGCUAAAAGAAAAUACCAAUUAUUGGAGGAUCAACACAAGUUUGUGAUAUCAGAUUUUGAUGAACUUAUGAAGUAUUUUGGUGAAAAUCCUUCUGACUCAAUUGGAAGGGCGACAUUCUUACCUAAAUUUCAGGAAUUUAUUGAUGACUUCAAAAGAGUACAGAAGCAAAAUAAAGAGAAUGAAGAGAAAAUAAGAAUUUAUGAAAAGAGAAAAGAAAUGAUGUUGAGCAAAAAGUCAAGGGCACAAUCAAGAGGCUCUGCUGGAACAGAUGGUGAGUUUGACUCAACAAAAGAAGAAGACGUGGUAGAAAACUUAUUGAAGAGAUUAAAAGGGGUAUCAGUAGAUAGAAGAACAAGCACAGCAGGAAGUUCGAGAUCUAGAAAUAUGGAUGAUGAUGAUGAGAAAUUGAUUUCAAGAGCACAGACAUUAUUAGAGGGUACAAAGAAAAUAUCCUGA